AUGUCCAUGGAUGAUAAAUAUGCGCAUUUGUUCGUCCAACCCAAGAACCGUCCCGAGCACCACCGACCGCAUCGGAUUAGUGGCCCGUUGCAGCCCGUUGUUAAGGACAGGAAGCCGCCGCCUCAGCCAAUGUUCGCCGCUCUCCCCGGCCCUGAGGGAUCCGCUAGCAACCCUAUCUCUGUUACGGAAGGUCUAGUUUCCAUCUAUAGCCAACCGGGUAUCUACUCCGAGUACGUCGACCCGAAGAAAGCUGCUGCCGACUUGAAAGCUCUAAUUGAGGGUUCGGUCGAAGACGAGGAGGACAAACUGUCCGAUGACGGAGUGGACCGAUCAAAAAUCCCAGGCCUCAAAGUCAGCCUGCUACGACAUCAGAUUGAAGGUGUUGAAUGGAUGAAAGGGCGCGAGCUUGGACCCGUCAAGAAAGGCAAGGUGCCUAAAGGCGGUAUUCUCGCAGAUGAUAUGGGUUUAGGCAAGACUUUGCAGUCCAUUUCUCUGAUCCUUACCAACCCCAAGCCCGACGAUUCUUCCAAAUUUGUUGGAGUCGACAAAACGACAUUGGUUGUUGCACCACUUGCCUUGAUCCGUCAAUGGGAAGCGGAGCUUAAGGAGAAGGUCAGCAAUACCCACAGGCUGAAAGUCCUCGUUCAUCACGGCCCCCAGCGGACUAAGCGCUUCGAGGAGCUGCGCCUCUACGAUGUUGUCAUCACUACAUAUCAGAUUCUGGUGUCUGAGCACGGCCAUUCCCAAGGAAACUUGAAGACAGGCUGCUUCGGUCUUCACUGGUACCGUGUCAUUCUCGAUGAAGCUCACACAAUCAAGAAUCGCAACGCCAAGUCCACCAAGGCGUGUUACGACCUGCGAAGCGUAUAUCGUUGGUGUCUCAGCGGAACACCCAUGCAAAACAACCUUGACGAGCUGCAAAGCCUCAUCAAGUUCCUGCGCAUCAGGCCCUAUGACGAUCUACGGGAGUGGAAAGAGCACAUCGAGCUUCCGAUGAAGAACGGGAAAGGCGAAGUUGCUAUUCGGCGUCUUCACAGUAUCCUCCGUUGCUUCAUGAAACGCCGGACGAAAGAUAUUCUCAAAGAGCCGGGUGCUUUAGAUGCAGGCAGCAGCAAGGAGGCGAAAGAAGGCGAGAAAAGCGCCACAUCCGAUUUUAAGAUCACUGAGCGCAAAGUGGUAACAGUGGAGACCGUGUUCUCUCCUGCCGAGCGUCGUUUCUACGAUCGCCUUGAGGCGCGUACAGACAAGAGCCUUGAGAGCAUGAUGAAAUCCAAGGGGAAGGUCAACUACGCCAACGCAUUGGUUCUUUUGCUGCGUUUACGUCAAGUCUGCAACCAUCCCAAGUUGGUGGAGGGUAAGCUCGAGAAAGACAAAGACGCUCUUUCUACGGAUGCCAAGCCGAAAAAGGAUGAUGGCGAUGUCGAUGAUUUAGCAGACCUGCUUGGUGGCUUAGGCGUCGAAGCCAAACACUGUGACAUCUGUGGUUGGGAGUUGAGUUCUGACAAUCGUGCACCCGGUAAGGAUAUGUGCAAGACUUGUCAUGAAGACUUGGAGUACUUCAACAACCACGAAGAUGCUGAAGGCGAUGCUCCGAUCAAGAAGAAGACAAAGACAAAGAGCAAGGUGAAGAAAGUGGUAAAAGAGAAGGUCAAGAUUGAGGCCAAGAGGCCACCGCGGAAGCCUAGGAACCGACGUGCUGUCAUCGACAGCGACGAUGAGGAGGCUGAUGCCAGCUGGAUCUCGGGGGCCGAGGAGGGCCCCUUGAGACUUGGUAAAGCGGGUGGGACCGAUGAUGAGAACGCGGAAGGUGGAGGAGACUCUAUUCACUCGGAUGACUCGGAGAGCGAGGGCGAUGUUGAUGCUGAUGGCAGCCAACUGGACAGCUUCGUUUCUCACUCCGAAUCGGUCAAAUUGGGGAAGGUCCAGCGAGCUUCGGAAAAUUCAGAAUCCGAGGACGAAUUUGAGUCCCUUUCCGUCAUUGAGUCGAAAGUAAUCGCCUCCAAGAAAGGAAAAGCCUCCGACGAGUUCUCAGAAGAGGAAUACACCGACUCUGAAAGUGACGACGGUGUCUCCGUCACUGAUUCCGACUCGUGCGACUCCGAGGAUGGCCCAUCCUUCUUCAGCUCAUCCCGGCGCAAUCGCAACAAAGAAAAGACACCUAUGGUCCUCGCCUCGGCCAAGAUCCGCCAGCUGCUCCUACUGCUGCAUAAGGAGGUGGCUGACCAUAAGUUCAUCGUGUUCAGCCAAUUCACCUCGAUGCUCGACAUCGUGGAGCGCUUCUUCCGCAAGGACGGGAUCCGGUACGUGCGCUACGACGGUAGCAUGAAGAAUGAUGCGCGCGAGGCGGCGCUGGACAGCUUGCGGAACGACCCUCAAACCCGCGUGCUGCUGUGCUCGCUGCGGUGCGGCGCUUUGGGGCUCAACCUCACAGCUGCCAGCCGCGUCAUCAUCCUCGAACCCUUCUGGAACCCGUUUGUGGAGGAACAGGCUAUUGACCGCGUUCACCGCCUCACACAGAAGGUUGACGUCGUCGUCUAUAAACUCACGGUCCAGGCCACGGUCGAGGAGCGCAUCCUCGAGCUCCAGGACAAGAAGCGUUUGCUGGCUGAACAGGCCAUUGAGGGAGGCAUGCGCAAGGAGUCGCUCAAGUUGGGUGUCAAGGAGAUGAUGGAGCUGUUCCGUCCUGGCGCCAGGCACGGUGGGGGUGCGAGGCAGGAUGUCUCUGUGAUGAUGUCGAACAAUAAGCCGCGUCGGCAGGAUCACGCUGUCUAUGGACGGAGAUGGUAG